GGGUCAGGAGGUGAAGGCGUGCCCAAGAUGGCGGCCUCCAUGUGCGACGUGUUCUCCUUCUGCGUGGGCGUGGCAGGCCGCGCCCGGGGCUCGGUGGAAGUCCGUUUCGUGAGUAGCGCCAAGGGAAAGGGACUGUUUGCCACACAACUGAUCCGGAAGGGAGAGACCAUCUUUGUUGAACGGCCCCUGGUGGCUGCACAGUUUCUCUGGAAUGCACUUUAUCGCUAUCGGGCCUGUGACCACUGCCUUCGGGCACUGGAGAAGGCUGAGGAGAAUGCCCAAAGGCUAACUGGAAAACCUGGCCAGAUUCUGCCCCACCCAGAGCUGUGCAGUGUUCAAAAGGAUCUCCAUCAGAACUGCCCCCACUGCCAGGUGAUGUACUGCAGUGCAGAAUGUCGGCUGGCGGCUGCAGAGCAGUAUCACCAGAUCCUGUGCCCAGGUCCCUCCCAGGAUGACCCCCGGCAUCCUCUCAAUAAGCUGCAGGAGGCAUGGAGGAGUGUUCACUACCCCCCUGAGACUGCAAGCAUCAUGCUGAUGGCCCGGAUGGUGGCCACAGUGAAGCAGGCUAAAGAUAAGGACCAUUGGAUCCGGCUCUUCUCCCAGUUCUGUAACAAAACAGCCAAUGAGGAGGAGGAAAUUGUUCACAAACUCCUUGGGGACAAAUUCAAGGGCCAAUUGGAACUUCUUCGGAGGCUUUUCACAGAGGCCCUUUAUGAGGAGGCACUCAGCCAGUGGUUUACUCCAGAUGGGUUCCGGUCUCUUUUUGCUCUUGUUGGGACCAACGGCCAAGGAAUUGGGACCAGCUCCCUAAGCCAGUGGGUUCAUGCCUGUGACGCUCUGGAGCUGAAGCCUCAGGAACGUGAGCAGCUGGACGCCUUCAUUGACCAGUUGUACAAGGAUAUCGAGGCAGCAACUGGGGAGUUCCUUAAUUGUGAAGGGUCAGGCCUCUUUGUGCUUCAGAGCUGCUGCAACCACAGCUGUGUCCCCAAUGCUGAGACCUCCUUCCCAGAAAAUAAUUUCCUUUUACAUGUCACCGCCCUGGAAGAUAUUAAGCCAGGAGAGGAAAUCUGUAUCAGCUACUUAGACUGCUGUCAGCGGGAGCGUAGCCGCCACAGCCGCCACAAGAUCCUCAGGGAGAACUAUCUGUUUGUUUGUUCCUGCCCCAAAUGCAUGGCAGAGGCUGAUGAACCCAGUUUGACCUCAGAAGACGAGGAGGAGGAAGAGGAGGAGGAAGAGGAAGGAGAACCCGAAGAUGCAGAGCUAGGGGAUGAGAUGACUGAUGUGUGAUGCCUUCCUGAAGUGGCCCUGCCUCUGAUCCUAUUGGAAAAGGGCCCUUCUCCCAGUGAAGUGGUUAGAAGGAGCCCCUCCCCCACUCCCAUUGCCUGCUUCCUUCCCUCCUUCCAGCACUUUCUGCCAAAGGGUAGGACAGAGGCUGGACCCUAAGCCCUGUACCCUCACUAGACCUCAUGCCCUGAACACUGCUGCUGAGUUGUCUCAGGCCCUGCGUGUUGCUGAGCCUUCCAAAACUGGCUUCCCCCAUUGCUCCACUGGAGGUGUCAGGGGCUGGAACCAGGUUCAGGGGUUAACAGUUCCUUCCCCUGGACUCCUAGCCCGUAUCCAUCCACUUGAGGCAGGGCCCCUCUCAGCCAGCUACUGAUUUGUUUUUGAGAGGUAACACAGUGGCAGAUCUGAGAAUGGACUGGUUUCAUUGCAGCAGAAAGGAAAGGCAUGUGGCAUUUCACCUUCCUCACCUCCAGACCUACAGCUGCAGCUGACAAGGCAUCAGGCCUGCCACUUGCCCAGUGAAAGUUGGGAGUGUCUGGACCUCCAGAGCAUCUUCCCUAAGGCUCUGCCAAAGGGUGCUGGACCAUUUCCAUGGUUUGGACAUGGGGGAAAUAGAGCUUAAUAAUGCUUUCUCCAAGCUCCACAAUCACUGUACCUUGUGCCUUGAUCCUCAGGCCUAGGCACAGUGGCUGACCCCACAAUGUAUAGAAGAGGCCAGGAGGCCUCUGCCUUCCUCCAGAGUGGUGAUCGUCACUCUUUCUCACCCUUCCUGCCAUGGAGGACUACUAGUAUGGUUGAGAGCAGAGGGAUGACAGGUCUCUGCUCCUUAAUUUAGGAUGCUCUAAUCUUCCCUGGGACCAGUUGAAAUAGGUCAGUGAGUACCUGUACAGACCUCAAAUGUCUACCCUUAAGAUCUCCACAGAAGAACACUGAAGUCUUCCAGAAACCUAAAGGAUUGGACAGAGUACUCAGAGACUAGCCAUGACUUUGUCCUCUCCUUCCCAGAUAAGCAUCUUUCUCAGUCUCUGCGUGGGUGUGUUAGGAAUACAGCCACCACUCCCAAAUCUUUCCUACCUACCUUCACCAAGGAGCCUGCACACCAUCUUGCUGAGUGCUCCAGGGAGAAGAGGGGCCUAUGCCAUAGGCCCUUUCCAGGAUCAUGGAACUGGGUGGGACAUGCCUGGCUGGCCCCUUCACCUCUUCUUACUCCUUCACAGCAGCCAGCCCCCCUCCCUCUGCUUUACCUGUCCACUGUUUUUAAUAAAACAUGAGUGUUAACAGA